GAAAAUUAUCUAACCGCCACUCGCCGACCUUGAUUUUUUGUUUCCGUAAACCUAACCUAACUUUUGCACAAAAAACCGUUAAAACGGGCUAAAACCAUGCAAGAAAUCGCGUUGGGGUACCGGGAGGUGAUCCCCGACCAGACGGUGUCCGAUCCCUGGCGCGAAAUCACCCUCAACACGGGGGGGACACAAGGGACGCUUCAAGAUAUCAAAGUCGCGGAAAGGGCCAACGGGUUUUGUUACCGCGACUCGACCAGACACCACACCAGGAAUCGGUUUAUCUACUGGAGGAUUAGCCACGAUGUCCUGGAGCUCGUGGAGCACAGUCUCGAUAUAAAUCUCGCCGGAAAUCGCAUCAGAUACAAAUUUGUGGACACCCCGAUUUUGGACGGGGUUUCCAUCCAUGAGACGUACGAUAAUGUGGUGGUUCUGGUGCCCACGGUGUGCAGCGUCCAUAGGUUGGUGUUUCCGCAUCCGGAUAAGUACCACCGGCAGGACCAUGUCGCGGGGGUUCACCCAGAUCUGGCGGCGCCGUCGGUGUUCAGCGAAGCUACGGCCAACGAGGCGAGGGAUCCCGCCACAUUCCACUUUUUCACCAAUUCGAGUUCUCAGCUGCCAUAUCUGGCCGCCUCUUCCCUGACCCUCGCUGAGGAGGAAGCAAUUUUCGUGUUGGCCUACCACUCCGGCGAGAUCCUCCUUCUGAGACAGUCCCCCGAGGGCAAAAUCGACUCAGCUGAGCUAAAAAGCGAGUCAAUCGUGCCCCGCUUUCUCUCAGGUCUCGCCGACAAGCUGCGCCAAAAAGACAAAGAAGGCGACACUACCGUCAGCCUCAUUUUACAUACUUUCGGUCUUGAAACUUUCGCUUUGACACUUUGCCGCAACGGUCAUUUGAAAUUCUGGUCGUGCUCAAAGGCCGAAUGUGUCUCAGUGAUCGACGUCAUGGCCGAAACCGGCGCCAGAAACCAGCUGCAAGGCGCUCAGAACCACAUCCUGCGGAAAGCCGUCGAUGGGUUUGAUUCUGAGUGUCUGUUGGGUAUUUUCAUGAGUUUCGCAGCCAAGAGUCAGUUGCAUGUGUUCAAGCCGAUGCUCAGUGGCUCGCAGGUUCGGCUAGUGAGGCUUAAUAUACUUGAUUUGGCUCAGACCGAUUUGAUCGAUUUUACGAUCUCGACAAGUCGGAUUUGGUCGGUUUGGCGCGGAAAAGAGGGCCAAUGUGAGGUGUAUUCGGCCUCGAACCAGGCGGGGAGUCACUGGAUUCCCGUGGUUCUGGAAAAUGUGCCAGACGCCAGCCAACCGUUGAGCAUCGACGGGGAGACGGAUCCCAGGCAGAGCUACCUCCAGCACAUCUUCCACCCGGGCAGGUUCCCCUUGCAUAUAAUCAGCAAGGCUUUGAACAUUUACAAACGCUCGGCCGUCAUCAGCGACUUGAACCUCUCGGCGGCCCAUCUCAAGCAGCAGAUCUGCAUGGCCGUCGAAGACGAGGUCCAAAACGAGCUGAAGGAAACCGUCGUCAGCGACGAAGAUUAUCUCGAAACCGCCAGCUACUGCUGGCAACAAUUCUACUCCUGUUGCGUCCAAUACCACGUCGCUGGACUUAAACCUUUAGGCCUCCUUGUUCUUCCAAACUCCUCCGGGGCCGUACUUUUGAAAAAAUCCAUGAUUUCGUUUUUGCGACCUCUCGAUAUUUUUGAACAUUUCAUCUACGAAAGCGACCACAUGUUUAGGGACCAAUUCACCAAAUAUUUCCUCUUGUCUGAGAAUGUUGAUAUCACAGACGACGUGAUCAGUUUGUUCAAGGUCAUUAAUUAUUUGGAUUCGCAGAUGAGUGAGAUUUUCGCGUACACGUUCGAACGAGAGUUGGCACUGCUGAAGUCGCCUGAUGUCGUCAUGGGGGCUCUCCUUGAGCAGAUCCAGCGCGAGAUGGACACCGAGUUCACCGAGCACGUGGCCGAGAUGGUGCGCGAUUGCACCGAUUUGUACCAAUCCAUCCACAAAAUCCUCGAAUUGCUCCGAAUCGAGUACCAAAUCCAGCCAGAGGAGCCCAUCGACAGCGUUCAAGCCUCAAUAAACCACAUUUUCACCUCGCAGUUGGGUGUUUCGAUGGUUACAGGAUGUCUCCGACAGCAGAUCCAAGUCCGGUUCACUAUCUGUCGCAGUCUUUUGCUUAUUAGUAACAUUUUGCUCGAGCGAGGCGAACUCGAUUGGAACGUUUUAGAGGCGAUUAGGUCGGUUUGUAGUCCCGAGAUCGUGGUUUUGACUCAGGCCAAUUUCGUGAUGGUUUGGCUGUCGGGUUUGUCCGCUUUGCAGUAUUUGCCAACCGAGUCGACGUUGCAGAGACUGUCGUCGUUGAGGUUGAGUCCUGUUUUUAAUCUCAGGACGAAUGCGAUUAGCUCGAUUUCGUUGUUGGAGCUUUUUGCGGGGAGUACAGGGGGGUAUGAGGCACGGAAGGCCUUUGCGAGGUUGAGGCACGAUGAGGAGAGUCUGGCGCAUUGGCAUUUGGCGCUUUUGCCGUAUCUUAAUUGCCUCUUCCACAUCAUUUGGCCGAUCAGUGGCAGCCCGAUUUUGGCCGAAUGGCUGCUCAGUUGUGGCCAACACUUAUGGCUGCAGCAGUACAUCCGCUACAUAAGCUCGUGGUGCGAAUGGAAUAGUUGCACACAUAGCUUCCUUCUCGCCGCGUCUUUACUAACCACUGGUGAACCGUACAAAGCGCAAGAACUGUUCGAAAAUGCGGCCAAGGGUAUUUUCACGGACCAAUUUUUGGCCCAACGCAUCCUAACCCCUGACCACAACCAAACCAAAGCCUACAUUAACUACUACUUGAAAGUGAUUCAUUUGUUCGAAUUGCACAAAUCGUACGAUUGUGCGAUCGCUUUGGCCAAUAAGGCGCUCAGUGUCACCUCACCGGACGACCCUUUGACCGCCACUUUGUACUCCAUCAAAUUCAAGCACCAUUUGGCUCUGAAAAACUACCAAAGUGCGUAUGACUCGCUCAAUGCCAACCCGGAUUCCGACAGACGCAAGGACAAUUUGCGCGACUUGGUGAAAAAAUUGCUGGAUGAGAAGAAGUUGGACGUUUUGAUGGGUUUCACGUACAGCGGGAUGGAGGAGCUAUUUUGUGAUAUUGUCUCGACGAGGGCGCGCGCUGCCGACCCCUCGAAUAAUAUUUACUACGAUUUUUUGUACGCUUAUCAAAUUAAAAGAGGGACCACUUUUUUGCGGGCCGCCGCCUCUGUGAUGUAUGAACAAGCCUUCCGACUCAGCCAAUACAGUGAUCCUGACUCGUUGGAAAAACAAGUCAAGUGUUACCUUGCUGCGAAAAACGCCCUAGCCUUGUGUGAGCCUCAAUACGCUUACAUCGUAAUGCCCGUGGAACAAAUCGAGGAUAAAACCAUCACUUUACCCACUUUUGCCGGCUCGGAUGACGAGCCUGAAGAAAUCAUAGUACGCAAACAAGUGAACAUCAUCAACCUUGAAAUAAUGUCCAAGGACUUGGCGUUCGCCAGCGCCAAGCUCAAGUUAAUUCGCUUCAACCCGCGCAACUACUUCGAAAUAACAAAUCCGCACGAAUUGGUGAUUUUGUUGACUAGUGCCGGUUUGUUUAAGACGGCGUUGACAAUUUCGAGGACUUUUGACGUUUCUUACAGGAUAGUGUUUGAGGCACUUACGAAAAAAUGCGCGUCGUUGUCCAAACAGAACGAACCGGUGACUUGGAAGUGGCUGAUUGAGAACAAUUUGCAAGAUUUGCCAGUUGGGACGAAAAGUGCGUCGGAGGCGGCGUGGAGCCUCCUGCAGGAGUGUGUGGAGGAGUACGAGGAGGAGAAAAUGUCCGUUAUUCAUAAAAUCGUGUGUAAGCAGGUUAUUAAGAUGAAUCUGUGGAUACCGCAGUGGCUGCUGUCGUCCUAUAAGAAGCGCAACCCCUCCGAGCUCUUCCGCCUCUUGUACACGUCUGGCCGGCUGGAGGAAGCCGCCGAAAUCGCCUCCGAGUACAUGAUGGCGGCCUUGGGCUACGGUAAGGAAUACUACGGUUUCGCACACGCCAUGCAACCCACAACACCAGCCGUCUGUCUCCCCGUUCGCGGUUUCAUAACUCUUAUCAACCAACUGAAGCUGAUCAACUCAAACGACCCGGAAAAACCCUUCCUCCGGGAAUGCGAACACUUAUCAAACGUCCUCGAUACGUACCUCAAAACGGCACAAAGAACCUCGAUCGAGAUGUGCAACUACCACUUAAGCCUGGCGAUGAAUUAAUAAAGUGAUUGUUUCGUAAAAAA